ACGCGGCUCGGGUGGAACGAGUGUCAAUAAAGUUCAUUGACGAAAUUUGUAGGAGGGAGGAAAAAAAAAAAACCACCAAAACCAUCCAAGUAAACAGCGUGUUGGGCGGCGGGGUUGGUUUCGAGGGUGCGGGCAGGAGGAGGGAGCGUGGGAGGAGGGGACGGAGAGGGAGGGGCCGCUGCCGGCACCGCCGGGAGGCCGCCAACAACGGGGCCACCGGGGCCGCCGGGAGGCCGCCAACGCCGAGACCGCCGGGAGGCGGGCUGGAAGCCGCACGCGGAGGGUUACUCCUGGAGCAUUUUGAUAAUGUGACUAUUAGAAUGCAGUCAUGUCUGCCCUCUGUCCACCACCAUCUCCUGCUGUUGCCAAGACAGAGAUUGCUUUAAAUGGAUAUUCACCAUUAUUAGCAGCUACUUUUGCAUAUUGGGAUAAUAUUCUUGGCCCCAGAGUAAGACAUAUCUGGGCUCCAAAGACUGAACAGCUGCUUCUCAGUGAUGGCGAAAUCACGUUUCUUGCUAACCACACUCUAAAUGGGGAAAUCCUUCGGAAUGCAGAGAGUGGAGCCAUAGAUGUGAAAUUUUUUGUUUUAUCGGAAAAAGGAGUGAUUAUUGUUUCGUUGAUUUUUGAUGGAAACUGGAAUGGUGACAGGAGUACAUAUGGAUUGUCAAUAAUACUUCCCCAGGCUGAACUCAGCUUCUACCUCCCCCUGCACAGAGUGUGUGUUGAUAGAUUAACACACAUCAUCAGGAAAGGAAGGAUCUGGAUGCAUAAGGAGAGACAAGAAAAUGUCCAGAAGAUUGUCCUGGAAGGGACAGAGAGAAUGGAAGAUCAGGGUCAGAGUAUCAUUCCAAUGCUCACUGGAGAAGUUAUUCCUGUAAUGGAACUCCUUUCAUCUAUGAAAUCGCAUAGUGUUCCUGCAGAAAUUGAUAUAAGGGAUACGGUACUUAGUGAUGACGACAUUGGAGAUAGUUGCCAUGAAGGUUUCCUUCUCAAUGCCAUCAGUUCACACCUGCAGACAUGUGGCUGUUCUGUAAUUGUAGGUAGCAGUGCAGAAAAAGUGAAUAAGAUUGUGAAGACACUGUGCCUUUUUCUGACUCCUUCAGAACGGAAAUGCUCCAGGCUUUGUAAAACCGAAUCUUCCUUUAAGUAUGAGUCAGGGCUCUUUGUACAAGGUCUGCUCAAGGAUUCAACUGGAAGCUUUGUGUUGCCAUUCCGUCAAGUAAUGUAUGCUCCAUAUCCCACUACACACAUAGAUGUGGAUGUCAAUACAGUGAAGCAGAUGCCUCCAUGCCACGAACAUAUCUAUAACCAGCGUCGAUACAUGAGGUCCGAACUGACAGCGUUUUGGAGAGCCACUUCAGAUGAAGAGAUGGCUCAAGAUGCUAUUAUCUACACAGAUGAAAACUUCACUCCUGAUUUCCUGGCACCUGCCGAGUUCCUGUCAUCCUCAUCAGACUCCAGAAGUGGGUCAUGGGUUUCUCUCUCCUCUGGAUCUCUUGCUCAGUGAAGAUGAACCAAACCCCUCCCUCACUUUCAGCCAGCCCAGAGAGUUUUGGGGAUGUUCGGGGUUCAUGGCAAGUUUUGGGACUCCCAAGCCACUGUGAAGAUGUGAACCACGUGGAGCCAGGUUUCAGAACUGCCAGGCCACUUCCUGGACCAGAACCACUGCCACAUGGCUAGUGGAGGAGGUAGAAGAGCAGGUGACAAGGCAGUGGAAGGCAAGUAUUUUCUUCCCUUCCUCUUUUUCCUUCUGCCCCUUUUACCUUCUUUUCCCCUCCCCUCACUCUCUUACCCUGCUCCUCCAAUCUGUAUCCCUCAAUGCCCACCCUAAAUUCAUCCCCAUGUCCACAAAGAAAAUGUAUCAUUGCCGGUUGGAAGAGUUUUCUGUUAGUUCAGAAAUGUGUUCUAACCGCAGGGUCCUGAGCCCUCCUUGCCUUCUCAAAUCUGACGAAAUAGAAUUGAACAGGAUUGGCUCUACCACACAGCCCUGCUUUUUUCUCCAGUGGGAUUAUGGAAAGGGUCAGAGAGGCUCACCAGAAGACCACACAAAGUGAACCUUAAUCUUGAAAUGCUCCAACACAUAACCUAAUGAAAAGAAAGAAUAACUGGUCAUGGAACAUCGGAACACAAAUUGACAAUGACCUAUCAUCCGUAAAGGCUGGACUUGUUGACUUCAUAUCUGGCCAGGUAUUGAUCCCAAUCGCUGCCUAAUGGAAAUAAAGACAGCCUGAUGCACAAGUCGAAGAGAUGGGUACUGAAUGCACCUUCUUCUGGAGAGUCCUCCUCCCAAGUGAGGACUCAAGGUGUGGGAUUUGCAAUCGGACAGUUCUUAGUGUAUGGUUUUCCAGAGAGAUAAGUGACUAUGAUGACCCUAAAAAUCACUUUGCUAUUAUUAGUACACAUACCCCAAAAAUGACAAAUGACAAAGAGGGGAAAAAAUGUGAAGAUAAACUAAUCAUCAUAAGGCAUUUCAAUUCAUGCGUGGAUAGUGAUGCCAAAUCACAGGAAACAUCUUAAUGGGUUUAGUCUCCUUCCACUCAGUGAAUGUUUCCAACAUCAGCUCAUACUCACCAAAGCUGCCUUCUGCCUUGCAAA